GCUUUCCUUCUAUGAUGAUGAAAUCAGCAGAUUUUUUGGACACGGAACAAGAUUGCUUUCCUCGGAAGGGCCACGGCCAAGCUAAGCGAGAGCAGUUAGGAAGAGGGAGAUGAGGUUAACACGGAGUUCUUCCCUCCGUGGCUACGUGCUCUCCGCGCUGCUUCUCCUAGCUGCGUCGGCCAAAGCUCAGCAAGCACCACCAACAAGGACAGAUCCAACUGAAGCGGCGGCGGUGAAUGCGGUGUUCGACAAGCUCGGCCAGACGGCGUCUUCGGCAUGGAACAUCAGCGGCGACCCCUGCACCGGCGCCGCCACGGACGACACCAACAUCGACUCAGACAUGAACUUCAACCCGGCCAUCCAGUGCAAGUGCUCCGGCCAGAACAACACCGUCUGCCACAUCACCAAGCUGAAAAUGUACGCAUUGAAUCUGGUAGGUCCUAUACCAGAAGAGCUGAGGAACCUCACGCACUUGACCAAUUUGUAUGAAUUCUCAACUUUCUUGAAAUCGAACUUAAUGCAAAAUUACUUAACAGGGCCUGUACCAUCGUUCCUUGGGGAACUGACUGCUUUGCAAUACAUGAGUCUUGCAAUUAAUGCAUUAUCUGGAUCUGUUCCAAAGGAGCUUGGGAAGCUUGUGAAUCUUAUAUCGCUGGGCAUAAGCAUGAACAACUUAAAUGGAUCCCUUCCUCCCGAACUGGGUAACAUGGUUAAACUUGAGCAACUAUAUAUUGACAGCUCUGGCUUAAGUGGUCCAUUACCACCAUCAUUUUCUAAGCUUACAAGCAUGAAAAUAUUGUGGGCAUCAGAUAAUGAUUUUACUGGGCAAAUACCAGAUUACAUUGGGAGCUUCAGUAAUUUAUUAGAACUACGGUUUCAAGGCAAUUCAUUUCAAGGUCCACUUCCAACCACUCUUUCUAAUCUUGUCCAACUGACAAGCUUACGAAUAGGUGACAUAGUAAAUGGAAGUUCUUCACUGGCAUUCAUUAGUAACAUGACAUCUUUGAACACCUUAGUUUUGAGGAACUGCAGGAUAUCUGAUAACCUGGCAUCAGUAAACUUUUCACAGUUUGCAACAUUAACCCUACUGGAUUUGAGUUUUAACAAUAUCACUGGCCAAGUACCACAAGCUCUGCUGAAUCUGAAUUCACUCAGCUUCUUGUUUCUCGGGAAUAAUAGUCUUUCAGGAAGCCUUCCAAGUUCUAUAGGAACUUCUCUUAAAAACUUAGAUUUUUCCUACAACCAGCUAUCAGGAAACUUUCCCUCCUGGGUUAGUCCGAAUUUGACAUUGAAUUUGGUGGCAAACAAUUUCGUGGUCAGCAACUCCAAUAACAGUGUCUUAUUACCUUCGGGGCUGGAGUGCCUUCAGCGAGACACACCCUGCUUUCUUGGCUCUCCACAAACUACCUCCUUUGCUGUGGACUGCGGGAGCAGUAGUUCAAUAUCAGGAUCAGAUGGUUCCGUGUAUCUGCCUGAUGAUGCCAAUCUUGGACCUGCAUCCUAUUAUGUUACAGGAGCACCAACAUGGGGUGUUAGCAAUGUAGGGACAUUCAUGGAGGCAUCAAAAAGAGAUUACAUAAUACAAAGCUUAAAUGCAAGUUACACAGUAUACAGCCCAACACGCCAGUUUCGGAAUACCCCGGAUUCAGAACUGUUCCAGAAAGCAAGGAUGUCGCCUUCGUCUUUAAGAUACUUUGGCGUUGGACUUGAGAACGGAAACUAUGUAGUAACGCUUCAAUUUGCAGAGAUUGUCUUUGAGGACUCACAGACUUGGAACAGUUUAGGUAAAAGAGUUUUUGAUAUCUAUAUACAGGGUGAGCGGAAGGAGCAGAACUUUGACAUAAGAAAGGAAGCAAGAGGAUCUUACGCUGCUGUCCAGAAGCAAUAUAUUAUUCCUGUCACUAGAAACUUCCUUGAAAUUCAUCUGUUCUGGGCUGGCAAGGGCACUUGUUGCAUCCCUUCUCAAGGCCACUACGGGCCUUCAAUCUCAGCUUUGAGUGUAACUCCAGCACGUAAUGCUGCUCCGAAGAGAAGUAAGAAUAAAACAGGUGUAAUUGUUGGAGCUGCGGUUGGUGCAGUAGUUGUAGGACUAAUAGUAGUGCUCACUGGACUGUAUGUCCGGAUGCAGAAAAGUAGAAAACUGUCUUUGGAGCAACAAGACCUGUACAAUACUGUCGGAAGACCUAAUUUAUUCACUUACAGUUACGGUGAACUAAAGACCGCUAGUGAAAAUUUUAAUUCCAGUAACUUUCUCGGCGAAGGAGGGUAUGGGUCAGUUUAUAAGGGUAAAUUAUCCGAUGGAAGUGUAGUGGCAAUAAAACAACUAUCUGAAACAUCCCGUCAGGGGAAGAAGCAAUUCAUAACAGAAAUAGAAACUAUUUCUCAAGUGCAACACCGUAAUCUCGUGAAGUUGUAUGGUUGCUGCCUUGAAGGCAAUUACCCAUUGUUGGUUUACGAGUAUCUAGACAACGGAAGCCUUGAUAAAGCAUUGUUCGGAAAUGGGAGAUUGAACCUGGACUGGCCAACACGCUUUGAGAUAUGUUUGGGCAUUGCAAGAGGCCUGGCUUACCUCCAUGAAGAGUCUAGCAUCCGUGUUGUGCAUAGGGAUAUAAAGGCUAGUAAUGUCUUACUUGAUGCCAAUCUUAAUUCUAAGAUAUCUGAUUUUGGUCUCGCCAAACUUUAUGAUGACAAGAACACGCAUAUCAGCACAAAAGUUGCUGGUACAUUUGGAUAUCUUGCACCUGAGUACGCCAUGAGAGGUCAUAUGAGUGAGAAAGUUGAUGUGUUUGCUUUUGGUGUGGUCAUAUUGGAGACUAUAGCUGGAAGGCCAAACUAUGAUGGUAGGCUUGGUGAAGACAAAGCAUAUCUUUUAGAAUGGGUCUGGCAACUUUACGAGGACGACCAUCCUCUGGACGUCACAGACCCUAGGCUCGCAGAAUUCAACAGCGAAGAGGUGCUCCGUGCCAUCCGCGUUGGCCUCCUCUGCAUCCAAAGCUCACCUCGGCAGCGCCCGCCCAUGUCGAGGGUGGUGUCGAUGCUCGUCGGGGACAUUGAGGUGCCCGAGGCGGUUACUAAGCCCAGUUACGUCAUCGAGUGGCAGAGCAACGCCAUGGGGACGUCGAGCUCGGAGCCGGGGGCGGAGGCCAUGUCCCUGAGCUCCGUCAUCGAUGAAGGCCGGUGAUUGAUGACCAUCGCCCAUCGGCAAGUUAAGAUCAACUUCUGCCAAGACCAAGAUUGUUUCUUGGAAAUUCACUUGGAAAAAUUUCGAUUCGGAUGUGUACAAGAAUUGCCAAUUCGCUCGAAAAAAGGCUGUAAAUUGCAAUUGGCUGGACCACACAGCUUCAUAUCACCGAACGUGCUUUGUGUCAUGAGCGACCAGGCCUUGGGCCUUGCAAUAGGCCCAGCCCUUGUAAUAUCCGCCUGUACGGUUCACAAAAAUAUCUCUUUUUUUGCGCCCC